AUGGACGCAAUCAAAACGGUCAAAGUCGUCGUGGUCGGAGAAUCUGGCGGUAAAAUGACAACAUCUAGAAACUUUUAGUGGAAAAUCCAAAAUUUCAGCAGGAAAAACGGCGCUACUGACGUCAUUUCUCGAUAAUUCGUUCGAUGAAGACCCCCUCACCACUAUCGGUAUCGAUUUUAAGCACAAGAUUGUACAGCUGAAAGAUGGACAGGUACGGCCGCAAAGAACAUACGUGCUCUAUGGCACAUCAUUUUUUCAUCAAAUUGUGGCAAAACUGUUCGAUAAUUCAAAAUUUUUAGCCGAUACGUCUCCAACUCUGGGAUACAGCUGGACAGGAACGCUUCCGACAGCUCACUCCUGCUUAUAUUCGAAGUGCACGAGUGGCGCUUCUAGUAAUCGAUCUUUCGGGUAAAAACGUCUUAAAAAUGUGCUCCACCAAAGAAAAAAGUGCGGUGGGCCGCGUUCGCAACAAUUUUACGAAAUUUUACACGAAAUGUUCAGACGAAAACGCAGUGGAGCAUUUGAUUCGUUGGAAAGGGAUGAUUGACCGAAAUAAAAGUGAUUAUACGGCCACAUUUAUUGUCGGAAACAAGUGUGAUUUGGUUGGCGAGUGAGUGACAACAAUGACGGAACACUAAAAUCAAUCAUUCUUUCUAGAAAACGACCGCCGCGACUAAUGGCCGCUAUCAAAGAGACAAAAGACGAAUAUAUCGAAACUUCGGCGAAAACUCGGAAAAAUAUCAAAGAGCUGUUUUCGAUGGUCGCCUGCCGGCCGUUUCCGGAACACGAGGACAGCGAAAUUGUUUUGUGUAGGUCAAAAAAGGCAUACGCAACCAAAUGCAAAUUUCAGUGAAUCAACCACGUCCUUCGGACCGAAAACUUUGCUGCAAUUUUCGCUAA